CGACUACUUCAAGUGUGCUGCGUUGCGAGUUUAAGCGUAUCUUUAGUGUGUUUUAAGUGGUAUUUACGUUCCAGAUUGACGUAAACCAGAGGCAAAGGCGAUGAGCUGCCCGCAGAAGUCCACUCGUCGCUUCUUUCCCCUGACGGUGGAGAAAGUGCCUGACGAAGAAGAGAAACUGCUUCAGGCUAAGGGCUUCCUCGGCUACACGAACCUCGUACGGACGAACCCUUCUCUGGUUCCUCUUCGGCCUGCGUACGCUGACCUCGCUGAAAGCUACUACAACUUCGACUUCCGUUCCGACGACACGGUGCUCCUGACGUUCCCGAAGAGUGGCACCACGUGGCUCUCGGAGGCACUGUGGGCCAUCAGGAACCUCAAUCAGCUUGACCAGGCGGACGAGGCAGACAUUGACGAAAGGGUGUUCUUUUUGGAUAGUGACUUUUUGCAACCCGCACCUAACGACGUUGACACUCCCGCCAUGAAGAAGUUCUCCGCAGCCUGUCCAGAGGGCCGAGUGGAGGACGGCGUCACCCUCCAGAUGGCAGCAGCGGAGAAAGGCCCCAGAAUACUGAAAUCGCACCUGCAACUGGAACUGCUGAACCCCGACCUUUUAGACACUUGCAAGGUCGUGUACAUGGCUCGCAACCCCAAAGACGUCUGUGUCUCCUACUUCCACCACUGCAAGAAGAACACGAAGAAGAUCUUCCAAGGCGAAUUUUCGGACUUCGCGGAAGCUUUCAUGGGCAAUCAGCUGCUCUUCGCUCCCUACUGGGACCACGUGCGACAGGUGUGGCUGCGGAGGGGACACGAGAACCUCCACUUCAUGUUUUUUGAACACAUGAAGAGGGAUGUUUUCGGGGAGCUUAAGCGGCUGGCGACCUUCUUGGAAGCAGAUCUCAGCGACGAGGACGUUCGGAGGGUCGCGGACCACUGCAGCUUCGGGAGGAUGCAGGAGCGAGAGCAGCGCCAGAGCCAAGGGCGCGGCCCGCUCUACGGCGUCCCCGGCUUCUUCCACAAGGGCGCGAUCGGAGGCUGGAAGGACGUGGCUUCGCAGGACCUCAACGACCGCUUUGAUAACUGGAUAAUUGAUAAUAAUUGCGGCAUCGACAUUCCUUUCACGUAUGAAUGAUGCUUCUGAUUUGGGUUAGAUGAUUUGGUGAAUGUUUUCUGCAUCAAAGUUCAUCUGUGCUUUACAUCGAGUGUUUUAGUUAGUUUGUUAUUCACUGUAAGGGAGGCUGUAUGUAUCUGGAAUAUAUCGAGACUGCAAAAAGGGGGUUCAGGAAAAUUAUGUAUGAGCUUCCCCUCAAAAGAGGAUAGCCAAAAAAGAAAAUGUCUACCAUGUGUUAUCUAAGAAAACGAGAUUUAUGGGGGUAACUAAUAUAAUAUUCCAUUAUCUCAAAACUAUUGGAGAAAAAAAUGAAAAUGUCUAAGAUGUCUUAUCUAAGAAAACAAGAUUUUUUGUGAGUAACUAAUAUAGUAUUCUAUGUUCUCAAAGUCAUUGUAGGAAUGAUAAGACCAAAUUCUGGACUCAGUGAUCAGUGAUGCAGUUUAAUACCAACUCACCAAAAUAUUAAUGAUUUAUGUAGUUUAUCUUUUAUUAAUGUUAUUUUAUGAGUGCUUAAGUGUUUGUUCAUAUCUGAUUUAAUCUAGUUAUUAUUUAACUAUUUAUUCAUUCAUUUCUAAUUAACUAGAUAGAUGAUUUACGUAUAAGAAAGACUUUUCACUCUGUUAUGUACUAAUGAAUGCAGGUAGUAGGUUCAGUUUACAGGUGUUUUGUUUCAAAUAAAUCAC